CCCGGGGUCUCGUCUCGCUCCCGCCCCGCCUGCGCGCGUUCCACGUGCUCACCCGUGGCGGCGAGCGCGCCCCCUCGCCCCCGCCGCGGCGCGGCGCGCGCAGCCCAACGCCACGCCGCUGGGAAGAUAAAUAAGGACCCCCCCGCCACCCCGCAAUCCAAUCCAAUCCGGGCUCCCGAAUCAAUCAAUCGCGAUCGAAUCCCGUCCCGCUCUCUCGAUCUCUGCUCGGAUUCUGCUCCGCCCGGCGUCAAUCAAUCCGUCGAUUCCCCGACGGCCCCCUACCGAUCGGCCGUCCAGUCGCCGCCGUGUCCCGCCAUGACAACGGUGGGGCUCCGGAUGGGGCCGGUGGGAGGAUGGCGGAUGGGCGCGGUGGAUGAGGAGGGCGAGGAGAGGCGAGGGGGGAUGGGGGAGGAGAAGGAGGAGGGGAAGGACGGCAAGGACGAGGACUGGGGUGUCGAGCAGGAGAGGAAGAGCAGCAGGGGCAAACGGAAGAGGACGGCGCCGCGGGGGCGCCGCCCGGGCGUGGGGCCGGGUCCCAAGCGCCGGCGUGCCGCUGCGGCGACCGAGCGCCGGCCGUCCGGGCAGGGCGCGCCGCCGCGGGGCACCGGAGAGCCUUCGCCGGAGGAGGGUGUCAAUGCUGCUGCUGCGGCUGCGGCGCCGGAGGAAGAUGGGGAGUACGUGGCGCCGAGCACCAGUGGCACAGGCGGCGCCGGGAGGAAGCAGGCCGGCGGGAGGGUCAGGAGGUCGUGCCACCGGUGCAAGAGGGCGACGCAGAGCCCCAAGGACAUGAUCAGGUGCGAGAUGUGCGAACAGAGGAUCUACUGCGUCCCCUGCGUCAGGAAGAGGUACCCAACGAUGUCAGACGCCGAGGUAAGGGAGCGGUGCCCCUCCUGCCGCGGAGUCUGCAACUGUACGAGCUGCAAGGAUAAACAAGUUGGGCCCGAGAGCUUGGUUUUGAAGAAAUGCAAUAGCAUUGGAUCAACUACAAGGAAGAAAAGGCCCAUUUCUGCAUGUGUGGAGUCGCACAGGAUUCCUAGUGCAGCACGGCAGACUAAAGGAAUUGACCACUCCAUUGUGAGGACAAAUAUGAUGAAUAAUGCAUCUGCCAUGUUGGAUGAGGUGGAUACGUCAGAUGUGAGCACUGAUGCUCCUGAAACAAAACGUAAAUAUGCCAGCUACCUGUUGCACUAUCUGUUGCCAUGUUUGACACAACUCAGCAAGGAUCAGAUGGAAGAAAAAGAAGUGGAGGCCAGAAUUCAAGGAUUGGAAUUGUCAGAAUUGAUUGUCGAGCAAGCUGAAAUCCGGAGGGAUGAGAGGGUGUUCUGUGACAAUUGCAGAACAUCAAUAUUUGAUCUACAUAGAAGCUGCCCAGACUGCAUGUACGAUUUAUGCAUCGUCUGUUGUAAGGAGCUUCGUGAAUGCCAUCUUGAGGGUUCUUGCCAGGAGGCACCGGUAGAUUAUCCUGAAAGAGGACCUGACUAUAUGCAUGGUGGUGAUCUUGGUCCAUCGCCAAAUUCCAACUUAAUCAAAGAAACAGGUUUGCCUAGUCACCAAUCUGAGUCUAUCAAGCAGGAAGCUGAUCCUGAUGGAACCAUUCAUUGCCCUCCAUCUGAACUUGGUGGGCGCGGCAACGACUAUAUGCAUGGUGGUGAUCCUGACCCAUUGUCCGAUUCCAAUUUAAUCAAUAACAAGAAAACAGGUUUGUCUAGUCAACAAUCUGAGUCUAUCAAGUGGGAAGCUGAUCCUGAUGGAACCAUUCAUGGCCCUUCAUCUGAACUUGGUGGGUGUGUGCAUGGUGGUGAUCCUGAUCCACCACCUGAUUCCAAGUUAAUCAAUAACGAAGAAACAGGUUUGCCUAGUCACCAAUCUGAGUCUGUCAAGUGGGAAGCUGAUCCUGACGGAACCAUUCAUUGCCCUCCAUCUGAACUUGGUGGGUGUGGCAACCAUGUUCUUGAGUUGAGACAAUUUUUUGAAAAAGAUAGGUUAAGUAAGCUUGAAAUGGCGGCUUUGCAAAUGAGCAAGCAGUUACAACCUGAUAUCAUCAGUACAGAUACAUGUGAAUGCUCAUGUUCAGCUAAUCAUGAAAGUUCAAGGAAAGCUGCCACCAGAGAAAAGUCAGCAGAUAACUGCAUAUACUGUCCAAUAUCAGAUGGCGGGAAGCCAGAUGAUCUCAAGCACUUCCAGAAACAUUGGGUGAAAGGAGAACCUGUAAUUGUGCAAGGGGUACUCAAGAAAAUGUCUCAUUUUAGCUGGGAGCCACCAGCUAUGUGGUCUGAAAUACAUGGCACCAAUUCUAGUUCUGAGAUGAAAAAAGUGAAAGCCACUGACUGUCUAUCUUGCUGUGAGGUCGAGAUAUGCACCAAGGACUUUUUCGAAGGGUAUUAUGAAGGUCGGAUGUAUCGCAAUCUUUGGCCUGAAAUGCUUAAAUUAAAGGACUGGCCAACUUCAAACCACUUUGAAAAUAUUUUGCCUUCCCAUGGAAGGAAAUACAUCAAUUCCUUGCCAUUUCAACCAUACACAAAUUUGAAAUCUGGCUUGCUAAAUAUCUCUGCAUUGCUUCCUGGUGACAUCUUAAAGCUUGACAUGGGCCCAAAAUCAUAUAUAGCUUAUGGCUGUGCACAGGAACUCAGCAGAGGAGAUUCUGUUACAAAGCUUCAUUGUGACUUGUCUGAUGCGGUCAAUGUUUUGAUGCAUACUUUUAAGGUUGAGCCCUCUGAAGAACAGAAACGGGAGAUAAGAAACUUGAAAAUAAGGCAUACAGAACAGGAUAAAAAGGAGAAGGUAGCAACAGAUGGAAAUGAUACAAGCAUGGAGCAUGCAGAUACAUCCCCAAUUUACUGUGCAGAUGAUGGGGGAGGUGCAUUAUGGGAUAUUUUCAGGAGGGAGGAUGUUGGAAAACUAAAAGAAUACCUCACGAAACAUUCCAAAGAAUUUCGCCAUAUGUACUGUUCUCCAGUUGAAAAGACUUUUAACCCUGUGCAUGAUGAAACAUUUUAUCUAACAAACAAACACAAGAGGAAGCUCAAAGAGGAGUAUGGAAUCGAACCAUGGACGUUUGUACAAAGACUUGGAGAGGCGGUUUUUAUACCUGCCGGGUGUCCUCAUCAAGUACGGAAUCUCAAGUCUUGCACCAAGAUUGCUCUGGACUUUGUAUCUCCAGAGAACAUUCAGCAAUGUCUUAGCUUAACUGAGGAUUUCCGCAGGCUUCCAAAGAACCACAGGGCGAAAGAAGAUAAACUAGAGCUUGUGUGUAAAAAAUUACGUAUAUGAUACGAAGGAACAAAUCUAGCCUGUGUUACAUGUUUCGACACUUAGGACACAUCCUAAGUGCUGGGGAAUAGGUCACAGACAUGAAAAAUGUCAGGUUGAGAAGGAAAGCAGCGUCUAGAGACGUUUCAACGUCGAAGGGCUCCCAAAAAGACAAGGGGCCAGAAGACCCCAAGAUAGGCGGAGCCGUCGACAACAGAUGCACAUGCCAAGAUAGGCGGAGCCACCGGAGGCAAACACCAGAGGGCUUAUAAGGGACAUACCUCCGGAUGUGGCUUUCGAAAGAAGCACCAAAGUUUGACCUCCACUUGGCGGGAUAUGUGGGACAUCUCAGCGUAUGGGGUGCGAAAGAGCUGUGUUACCGACAGACGUCAUCGCACACUAUCAAGAGAAGGCAAAACCCUAGCUGGAUGGUGCACAAACAAGAAUGCCAUGGAUAUGCUAGGGAUCUACCCUCACCAUACCAAGCAUAAUUGACCUUUUGUCAUCCUCAGAGGAUGGAAGGCAAAAUGCCAUGUGACUCAGCUAAGUCCGUUGGUCGGUGCUAGUGCUAUCCGUAAGGGUGGCAAAAAGUUAAAUGCUUCACUGUACUGUACUACCUGCAUCAGGGUACAAUUGUAAUUGAGAGGACCCUUCGCCCUUCCUUAGGUCCGUAAAUGUGAAGCCCAAGGGCUAUGUAAAGCAUUCAAUUCUCAAGCGAUACAUAGCCAUUGGGUUUGUCCUAAGUCAAACUUAUCACUAAGCUUGUAAAAAAAAAUACAAUAUCUACCAUACCAAAUAAAUUCACUAAUAAAAUAUAUUCUAUGAUGGAUUCAA